UGGGCGCACAUCGUAGACAGAUGAUUGCGGAAGCAAGGAAAUAUGACACCCGACGAACUUAAGUUAAGUUGCUCAGGGGCCCUCCUGCAACAAUUUGUUCGUUCUUCUACAGGGAGAAAAUGUUUAAUUGGUGAGGCUGUGCUGAUGAGGGUAGGCCUCAUCUUGUGUUGUGUAUCAUGGUAGAAUUGAAAGUAAAUAUUGACGGUGUGCAGCGCGUGGUCUGCGGUGUCAGCGAAGCCACUAGGUGCCAAGACAUCGUCCUUGCACUGGCCCAAGCCACGGGCCAGGUUGGGCGCUUCAACUUGGUGGAGAAAUGUCAAGAUUCAGAACGGUCCCUCCGACCCAACGAGCACCCCCUGCGGGUGAUGGCCAAGUGGGGCCCAAACUCCAGACAGGCUUAUUUUCUGCUGCGAAAGACGGGGUCUACUCCGGGCAACAGUCGGCCGCCUUCUGCCACCAAGGAAAUCAGCGAGAGGUUUAAGCAAACUGAUAGUCCGACGGAAUCCAUAGGUGAGCUCCCGCAGCAGAGACACGUGAAUGUGAGACGGUCGCAGACUUUUAGUGGGUACCGCGGUGCCGGUGCACCACACCCGAGUGGCCAUCCGCAAGAAGUCACUGCGAGGGACAUUGCCAGGCAGCGAGAGCUAACCGAGCUGGUUUCUAUACAGCAGGAACGACUCGCCCACCAGUUGCAAGACCUGACCGACAUCGAGAACACCAUCCAGACAAUGGUUGAGUUUGAACUGCUGCCGAUGGCCAACAGCCACCGCGACGACUCGGAUUCUGGUAUCGAGGAGAUGGAGCUUCGAUCCAAACGGAACAAAGCCGAACUCCGUGAGCUGGAGUUCUGGGAGAGUGAGCUAGAGAUUGAGGCCCAGCUGCAGUCGGCGCUCACCAAAAAGAUCAGCAAACUCAGAGGCAGGCUCCAGCUCUGCGACAAAGAGCUAUCGCUACGGCAACGGGAGAUUGCCAACUUAGAGCUACAAAUCCAGAAGCAGCGAGAUAGGUUACGACAGGAGGAGGAUCAGACUGCCCAGUCGAGGCUGACUGAAUUACAAGAAGAGAUUUCACUUCUAGAACAGGAGUACGAAGACUUCAGAAAAAACACAGAGGAGAUUGAGUCAGAGUUGGCGAGGCUGAGCCAAAGCUUGGAGACCAAGAGAGUGGAGGAGAGCAGACUGGCGGAAGAUCUGGCCAUGGAGAACAUGAAAGGGCUCAACCGUGCCACGGUGGCGUCAUCGCAGGAGGGGUCCUUGUUGUCCGAGUCGGCUGGUCACAAAAUGCAGAGCAUGGUCAGCCUCUCCCGCCAACGAGCCGAGAGCACACCCGUAGAAAUGUACGCCACGUUUCCAUUCCACCGUCUCGUCAGCUCGCGCCAUCUCGCCGUCGCAGAACCCUCAGGGGAGAACCCCGAAGGCAUAUUUGUGUGAUUCCCUCCGCCCAGCUCUACGGAAAUGAUUUCAACCAAGGUGCUAUUACUAGGCGUGUCCUUCCACUCCAAUAGGUAUUGAGCGUAGAAUUGGUUCUUGGACCACUCUCGACAAUUCUCUUUUCUCUAACCCCUGGAAGAGUUUGUUGGCGUUCUCCUCAGUGAGACAUGUUUUUCUACUCGGAAUGAAUGAUACAAAUCCUUUCUUCUGACAACAUUGACCCAGAUGUAUAUGCUUUAAGUGAGCAAGUUCAGGAGCUCAGUUUUACGGCCCAUAAAGAAGAAUGAAUACAAUAUCUAUGUUCAUCCGAAGGUAUUCAGAUAUCCUAACGGUCUUUGUACUUACAUACUGUGCUGUUUUUCAGUAUGCACUUACAUCAUGUAAAACCAAGUACACGUACAUUAUACAAAGUGAUAUGGAGAACUUCUAGCAUAUAGUUCAGUGACUAAAACAUGUCUCCUUUUUAAAAAAAAUGUGUUUUUCUGGAUUUGAAAACCACAUUUACGUAUUACACUAUUUAACCAUUAUGGGCGAUUUUGUUACACAGUAGGGCAGUAUUUGUAUUUGUAUUGUACCUUGAUUCAUGAAAAUAUAUUGAUUUUGUUUUUCAGAAAAAGGGACUUGAUGGAACAAAGUACUAGUAACAAGUGUUUCUAGCAUAUUUUUCACCGUGUAGUUGAUGCAGAUGGGUGUGUUAUUUGACUAUAUUCAGCACAGAACCUUGCCAUGAAUGUGUUUAUUCGUACAUUGUAAAACAAAAAUGUAUAUUGUGUAUAGUGUCUUUGUUUUGGUUCCCAUAUAUUCUUUUGUCACUAAAUGUGCGGAAAUUUAACAAAACAGUGCUAACUUUGUAUGCAAGAUAGUAUUAAUGUGAGAAAAAGGAGGCGGCUAGACACGCCAUAAAGAUUGAGAUCCUCAGCCCGCUUUUUAGCUACUAUUCUCGGCCCACGCUCGA